GUCGCGUAUUGACAUGGUGUGGUGGCGCGUGAGGCUGCUGUAAACCAAAGAUCGUAAACAAGGAAUCCCCGAGCACCCCCCCUCCCCCCUUCUCCCUUCCCCCCCUCCCCGACGCGUCCCCUUACCCCCUCCGCUACAUUGAACAUGAAUAACGUGGGGCAUCUCCAGACACUCCCUGACGCGGGCAUGAUGUUCGAGGAUUCUUCCCUGGACAACCUGGACCCGUCUCUGCCCGAGGGCAGCGAGAUCGAUAAUGCGCUGCUCAGUGACAUUGAUGAUAUGUUGCAGCUGAUUAACAACCAGGAUGGAGAGUUCUCUGGGUUGUUUGACAACCACUUUGGCACGAGCACCCCUUUGCAAGAUAGUAGUUCAUCAGCCCUAUCCCUUGACAGCCUCUUGGGGAAUAGCAGUAAGACUCAAAUUCCUGUGAAAAUGUUCCAAGGGCCUCCGCUCCAACAGCAGCUUCAACUUCCGCAGCAGUCACAACUUCUUCAAGCCCCUUCUACACAACACGUCAAGCAAGAGGCUGUUCAGUUGCAACAGGGCCAGCAACAGCAGCCUCUCAUCAUGGCACAGAGUUUUACAGCUUCUCCACAAUCACAGCCUCAGUUUGUGCAACAACAGCAGCCUUUGCUGGGUUAUCAAAACUCCAAUGGAUUUACAGCACUACAACAGGGGAUGCCCACCCAGCAGCUCCAGGGUCUUGCAGUUCCUCAGCAGAUGCAGCCCAUGACCAUCCAGGCCCAGGUACAGAAUAUUUCUACCCAGCAUCUUUUAACAACUGCAACAGCCAGUUCUACACCAACUGUUUCAGCACAGCUCCAGCAAGUACCAGUACUCUUCCAGCCUCAGUUCAUUAAAGCUGACUCCUUGCUUCUGACGGCUUUGAAGCCAGAUGGAUGUACUGUUGUGACAUCAGUAAACUCCUCUGCUAUAACAACUUUACCAACAACCACUACUCCCAUUCAAACUACAUCCCUUCAGAUGCCGACUCUUGUCAGUGGGAACACAAUUUUAACCACAGUCCCACUGAUGGUAGAUGCAGACAAGCUUCCCAUCAAUCGUAUAUUUGCAAGUGGCAGACCUGGCAAUGCAUCAAUGAAAGGGGAAAAACGCACAGCACACAAUGCCAUUGAGAAACGUUACAGGUCAUCUAUCAAUGACAAGAUUAUGGAGCUGAAAGAUCUUGUUGCUGGCGCUGAAGGAAAGUUGAACAAGUCAGCAAUACUCAGGAAAGCUGUUGAUCAUAUCCGCUUCUUGAAACAAGCCAAUCAGAAGUUGAAACAAGAGAACAUGGUGUUAAGAUUGGCUACCCAAAAAAACCAGUCUUUGAAAGACAUUGUGGCUUCCUCUGGAAUAAGUCUGGACACAAUGACAAAUGGGUUCAAGCAGGAACCUGAUCUACUCAGCCCACCACCAUCUGAUGUCGGUUCACCACCUCAGAACAGCCCGUUCUCUGUGAGCAGCAGUGAUUCUGAGACAGACAGCCCGUUUUUUGAUGAUACCAAGAUGUCUGUUAAACAAGAGCAAACGCUGCCUACCAGUGUUGGUAUGUUGGAUCGAUCCAGGAUAGUACUCUGUACCUUUGUAUUCCUUUGCCUUUCUUUUAACCCACUGGCGUCAUUGAUGGGUGGGUCAGACAUCAGGUCAAUGGAGAAUGAAGAAUAUCAUGGAGCAGGCAGAAGCAUGCUGGGAUUAUCUGUGGAAGCUUCUUCUAGCUGGUUUUCCUGGCUGUGGCCAACACUGAUCCUAUGGUUAAUUAAUGGGAUAAUUGUCCUGAUCGUGUUCAUUAAGAUCUUUGUCUACGGCGAGCCGGUCACGAGGCUACACUCUGAGUCGUCUGUCUUGUUUUGGAGGCACCGAAAGCAGGCGGAUCUGGACCUAGCAAGGGGAGAUUUUGCACAGGCUUCCCAGAACCUCUGGAUUUGUUUGAAAGCGUUGGGGCGCCCCCUGCCAACUUCCAAUUUAGAUUUUGCCUGCAGCCUAAUGUGGAACGUCAUCCGACAUAUUCUGCAGCGACUGUGGAUCGGCCGCUGGUUUGCUGCACAGGCUGGUGGUUUCAGACGGGACCAAGAGCUGAAGGACGACAUGAGGAAAUGCACUGAAGAGGCUGCGCUGGUCUAUCACAAGCUGCAGCAGCUUCAUAUGACUGGCAAAUUGGUUGGCAGCUACUUAACCGCAAUUAACAUGGCAUUGAGUGCAGUAAACCUUGCUGAAUGUGCUGGAGAUGCUAUCUCUGUUGCCACUAUGGCAGAGAUGUACGUGGCAGCAGCAAUUCGUAUUAAAAUCAGCCUGCACAGAAGGCUCCAUUUCAUGACCCGAAUCUUUCUGAGCAGUGCCAGGCAGAUCUGUCUGUCACAGAGGGGAACCAUACCACCAGCUAUGAAAUGGCUGUGCCAUCCUCAGGGGCACAGGUUCUUUGUUGAUGAGGACUGGACUGUUAAAAGCACCCCUAAAGACAGCAUUUAUAGUGUUACUGGAAACCCAGUUGAUCCAUUGGCUCAGGUUACUCAGGCUUUCCGAGAACAUCUCCUGGAGAAAGCAUUAUAUUGCAUUGCCAAACCAGAGAACAGCAAGCCGGUGACUGGAGAGGGAGGAGAAUUCUCAGAUGCUCUUGAGUACUUACAACUCCUGAAUAGUUGCUCUGAUGCGGCCGCAAUCACCACACAAACCUUUGCCAUCGGCUCUAGUAUGGCAACUGUCACAGGCACGGAUCCAGUCACAAAGUGGUGGGCAUCCAUGAUUGCUGUUGCCAUCAACUGGUUGCAAGGUGAUGAUGAGGCAGCAGAACGUCUGUAUCCUAUGGUGGAAUGCAUGCCAAAACCAUUACAUGCAACAGAGAGUCAAUUGCCAAGGGCUGCGCUGUUUGCAUUCAAGGCUGUACGUGCAAUAUUGGGUAAACAGGAUGGCAGUCAGAUGAGCUUCUUGCACUGUGAGAAGGCCAGUGGGUACCUGAGGGACAGUCUCAAUAUGGCAUCCUCCACAUGCAACACCGUUGAUAAGGCAGUGCAGCUGUUGCUGUGUGAUCUCUUGCUCGUCACCAGGACCAGUGUAUGGCAGCAACAGUUCAACGGGAGUCAGCCCAUGAGUGGCAUGCAUCACGCAUCCUCGCUAGAACUCAGAGGCUUUCAGCAGGACCUUAGCAGUCUCAGGAAGUUGUCUCAGACUUUCAAACCUGCCCUCCGUAGGGUGUUCCUACAUGAAGCAACAGCCAGGUUAAUGGCAGGAGCCAGUCCAACCCGUACUCACCAACUGUUAGACCGCAGUCUCAGGAGACGGGUCACAAACCCAAUGCCCAAAGAUGGCGAGACAGAGACACACCCUGGCAGGCGUGAACAUGCUGAAGCUCUCCUACUAGCGUGCCGCUAUCUUCCACCAAGCUUCUUGUCUGCACCGGGCCAGCGAGUUGGCAUGCUGGCAGAAGCAGCCCACACACUGGAAAAGAUUGGUGACAAAAGGACUCUUCUUGACUGUCAGCAGAUGAUCAUGAAACUGGGCAGUGGCACCACAGUCACCACGAGUUGAAGUGGUGGUACUUUUUAAAGGGAGGUUCCACCUAUAUGCUGAAAGCACUGUGACUGUGUAGUGUACAUGCCCCCGAUGAAGCAGCACUGCCCUUUUAAUAUCUUAUUAAAAUAAUGACUUGGUAAAAUAAAAAUCAUAUUUUCAUAGGUUAAAAGUGUACAUAAAAUAUUUAUAAUUUUUUAAGUCAAAAGUCAAAAUCAUUUUUGUAGAAUUAAAAGCACUUCUGUCUAGAUGCUUCCCCUGUAAUACUGCACCAAUGACAAAGCCUUUCUGGGCUGAAUUCUGUGCAAUAUACUUUGAUAUAAUUAAAAUAACCGAAAUGAAACA